AUGCUAAUUUAUACAAGUUACUUAUAUGUGCAAUUUUCAAUAAAAAACACUUUUUUUCUUGUGGAAUUAAUAAUGAAUGAGAAAAUAUCACUGAAAUACACAAUUAUUAGUUCAAUUUCUUUAGCAGUAUCAAUUUUAUUAUUGAUUAUGGAGACAAGAAAAAAACAAAAUAUUUAUGCAAAUAAUAUAGGAGCAACAUUGUUAUGUGUACUCAAUAUAGAAUUCAUUUACAAUGAUAUCCCUUAAAUAAAUACACUUUAAUUAGGAAUUUUCAUAGUAAUUUUGAUAACACAAUUUGAUGAUGGAUAAAAAUGGCAUAAAUUUAUGAAACACUCUAUUCUUGUGUAUUUUUUUAUCAGAACUUUCAUAUAAUAUAAGGAAUAAUUGUAUAUAACUUAAUUGUUGACAUGCUUUUUAUGGUAACCUUUGAAUCAUUGGAUGUUACAUUUGAAAAAAGAGGAUGAUUAGAUUACAUUAAAGAAGUAAUCAUUAGAUAUGACAAAAUAUAACAUUGAAUAAAUUCCAUAACUUGUUAAAGAUUCUAUGGAAUAAGAUGAAUAAUGCAGUAGUAUUUUGAGAAGUUUCAACAUCUAAAAUAAUUUAAAGGAAUUAAAGUAAAUCGAACUUAACAAUCCUUUUAUGUAAUAUAAAGAUAAUAUAAUGAUGAAUACUAUUUAAUUGAAAGGAUUAGAAUCAUAAAUAAAUACAUCUAAUUUAGAUAUACAUUCAAUUUGGAAUUUAUUGCCAUUUGGAAUUGGAUUAAUGAAUAAUCUAUUUGAAAUGGUGAUAAAUAAUUAAAAAUUAUUAUAGUUUUUAAAAGUGUCGGAUAAUGAUGGAAGAAACAUCAUUUUAAGUUUAGAUUCAUUAUUAGAAAGGUAAAAUCCAUAUUUAAAAUAAGUUGUGAAUCAUGGGAAAGUAAAUCCAUAAAGUAAAUAGGUUCAAAUCAGAGUAACCGAUAGAGCAAAAGGUUUCUUAAGGGCCAAUAAUUAUCUCUAAUAUCAAAAAGUUUAAAUGAAUAAAGCUCAGUAAAUCCAGAGGGAGGCACUAACACCAAUAUAAAUAAUAAUAUUGCUUAUUCUACAAAUCCAAAUAAUUAAAUUAAAGAUGACUUAAUGACAACAAAGAGUAGAUUCAAAAAUUUGAAUUUAUUAUUCAAAAAAUUUGCAUAAAAGUCUCCUUCUCUUACUAAUAAUGUGGAUAAUUCUGUAUAAUCAAUAGGAUAAAGUAUACAAAUAAUAAAGAUAACUUAAGAUGUUGGAACAAUGAAAUACUAUUUAAGAAUAAAAGUAUAUGAGAUUGAAAUAAAUAAUAAAAUAAACUAUCUAUUUUUAAUUGAGAAUAUAACAAAUAAGGAAGAAUUAAGAUAGUUGAAUAUUAGAUAUAAGUAUUAAUAAGCACUUUUAAAUUCAUUAUGUCAUGAAUUAAGGACACCAAUGAAUAGUACAUUAUCACAAUUAAAUGCAUUAUCUACAUUGAUUGCACCUAAUAUUAGAGAUAAAAAUUUAUAGCCAGCAAUUAUUUCAGCUAAAAAAUUAAUGUUUUAAUUAAAUGACAUAUUAGAUUAUGCUUAAAUUGAUUGUAAAAAUUUUAAUUUGAGUAUUUCUCAAUUUGAUAUAAAUGAAAUCUUUGAAAUUUUGACAGAAUUGUUUGAAUAAGAAUGUAAAGAGAAAUAAUUAGAUUUUUAAUUAAAUUCUAAAUCUAAUUACACAAUAUAUAGUGAUAAAGAAAGAAUCCUUCGAAUUUUAGUUAAUUUGAUAGAUAAUUCAAUUAAAUUUACAAAUUAAUUUGGUUCCAUUAUAGUAAAUGUUUAUGAAUAAUAAUAACGUAUUGUAUUUUCAGUAGAGGAUAAUGGUGUAGGAAUGUCAGAGAAGACUCUACAUUAAAUAAAAAAUAAAGAUGAUAUGCAAUUUUAUGAUUCAUUAUUAUUAUAAUAAACCAAAUUAGGUCUAGGAUUGAAAAUAACUUAAUAAAUAGCUAAAUUUCUAUGUGUUAAUAAUGAAUUAAUAAUAGAGAGCAUUGAAAAUGAAUAUACAAAAAUAUCAUUUAAGAUAGAAAAUCUUCAUAAAUUUAUUAACUAAUAAAAAUUUCCAUCAUUUUAAGGAUGCAAUAUAACAAUUAGUUGUAAUUGCAUUCAAAUCUUAAUUGUAGAUGAUGUAAGAUUUAAUCAUAGUGCUAUUGAAGCUCUUUUAUCAUAACAUAAAAUAAAGAUGGAUAGUGUUUAUAAUGGUUAAUAGGCUAUUGAUAAAAUAUAAUAAAAAUUGAAGUCUCCAUGUUGUAAAACUUAUAAAUUAAUUUUUAUGGACAUAGAAAUGCCUGUUAAGAAUGGUUAUUAAGCUUCGAAAGAUGUAAACAUAUAUUUCUUUAUUAAAAUAGAUUACUGAGAUUAUGACAUAAUAAAAUUUAAAUGAUUAAUGUACAAUAGUGAUGUGUUCUGCUUACAAUGGAAAUGAAAAUAAAGAUACUGUAAAGAAUUGUGGCAUUAAAGAGAUAUUACCAAAACCAAUAGAGUAAAAAUAACUUAAACAAUUACUUGAUAAAUAUUUAUUAUGA